AAGUGACGCUAAAGGGAGCGAGGAUAUAUAAUUUCACUUGAUUCAAUUCCUCCGUCCUCGCGUCUUUUCCUUGUGUCCUUCCCCUGGUCCUUUCCUCGCAUCCUGAAGUGGUGGAGCUAAGAUGCGAGGAAAGGAAGUGAGGAGAGGAAACGAGGAUGCACAAAUAAGAAUUGAGAAGCACCCUCUGUUAGUUCGGUUAGUUCCUGGAUUGUCACAUGGCCUAUUCUAUACUAUAUUUUUGUCAUUGAUCAAAUAUAUUUAAUAGUUCUCACUACUAUUGAUUUUUUUUUUUUUUAAAUCAUUUCUCGGUUUCCUACUUUGUCUUUUACUAAUAUCAUGGUCAUAUUUGUCUGUAAGCGUAUUUUGUAAAGUUUCUCUCAACAUAAAUAGUUUUUAAAACAUUCUUAGAGGUUAAGUUCAUUACAACAAUGGUUUAUAGAUUUCAGUCUAUAUACAGCCAUUGAGGACUACGGCCAGAGUGGAUAUUGAUAUUUUUGAUAUUUUUAUACCAUCAUAUGUCACCAAAGUCACCACAUUUUUAGGUUUUGGCUGUCUGAACUUACUGGAAUUGUUUUUUUUCUAAAGUAAAAUAAAUAUUAAAUAUAACUAAAAUAAGCUUAUUUUAUGUAAAAAUAUGGUACUUUUAAAGAUAAAUGAAUAAAACAAAUCAUAAAAAAGUACAUAAAUUGAUGGUUCUUAUUUUAUUGAAGAUGGUGAUAUUUGAAAUUGAAGUCAGAUUAAGUGCAGAGGUAAAGUAAAAUUAAAACUAAAUUCAAAAAAAUUUGGUGAUCUUCACAGGAGCGCUGAAAAGAAAUACACACAUUAUAUCUUCACCCAGACCUCUGGAUUGUGUUGUUGAGAACAACAGAACAAUUGGAAGAUUAAUGUUAAAGUUUCAGGGACAUAUGCAAUUAAUUUAUGAAAACGCAAAUGCAUCAAAAUGAUCGGGAUAUAGGGAUAUAUGCUCAAUUUUAUGACUAUUUUAUUUUAUGACUAUUUUAUUUUAUUUUGAAGUACUGAAAAUUAAAUGACACGUUUGUCUUUCAUUUCAGACCUGAUGGAAGUGAAGGAGAAGAGUGAAGAACUGAGUGAAGUGGAGGAGAAACAUCAUGUCAAACCUGGAGAAAAACCUUUGAGUCGCUCAAAGACUAAAAAGACAUUUUUAAAGAAAAGAGCCAAGAAAUCUACAACCUGCACUCAGUGUGGAAAGAGUUUCUCAAACAAACAACAUCUGGAGAAUCACAUGAGAGUUCAUACUGGAGUGAGACCGUUCACAUGUGAUCAGUGUGGAAAGAGUUUCACAUACAAACACCAUCUGGAGAAUCACAUGAGAGUUCAUACUGGAGAGAGACCGUUCACAUGUGAUCAGUGUGGAAAGAGUUUGUCAAGGAAAGAUAUUCUUGAUAUUCACAUGAGGAGCCACACCGGAGUGAAACCGUUCACAUGUGAUCAAUGUGGCAAAACCUUUCUUCUGGAAUCAGCCCUAAAGAGACACCUGAAAGUUCAUACGAAGGAGAAGCCACAUUCAUGUUCUGUGUGUGGAAAGAGUUUUUCACUGCUGUCAAAUUUACAUACACACCAGAAAAUACACACUGGUGUGAGAGAGUACAUGUGCUUUGAGUGUGAGAAGACUUUUACUGCAGCAAAUGAUUUAAAACUGCACCAGAGAAUUCACACUGGAGAAAAACCUUACAAGUGUUCACACUGUGACAAGAGAUUCAGUGUGUCAUCAUCUCUGAAAACACAUGAGAGGAUCCACACUGGAGAAAAACCUUAUAAGUGUUCACACUGUGACAAGAGAUUCAGUGUGUCAUCAAAUCUGAAAAAACAUGAGAUGAUCCACACUGGAGAAAAA